AUGAGCACCAUCAAAAAACUGAAAAGACGGUUUUCGCUGUCUAUGCGUAGAAGCCGCAGCAACUUGGUGGACGAAUCAAUUUCUGAAAUAACCGAGCACCUUACUAUGGAAGAGAAUGGAGUUAUAGAACAGAAAGACACUCCAAUCUUCGGUAUAGGGUCUGAUGGUGAGGGGGGCAACACAUCCUCGGACGGUCUUCCUACACCCACUGUCACCCUCCGGAAUAAUAAAAAACUGAACGAUCAACUGAUGAGCAAGAGACUCUCUCUUCCAGCCACUGUCCCGUUCGGUCCUCCUUUAUUUCAAAGAUUUUCUCCGUCUUUUGAGCAACCAAUGUCUAGAAGACUAAGAAGAGCUUCUUUGUCCGAGAUUGGCUUCGGGAAACUGGAGUCGUAUAUCAAAUUGGAGAAGCUUGGAGAAGGAACCUACGCCACAGUGUACAAAGGUCAAAGCAAGCUAACUGACAAUCUUGUUGCAUUGAAAGAAAUCCGACUAGAGCAUGAAGAAGGGGCGCCCUGUACAGCUAUCCGUGAAGUAACUAACUGCAUUAACCCCUCUAUGAUGUCAGUGAUUCAGCUCUCUCUCUUUGAAAUACGGUCUAAUAAUAGGCAGUAUAUAAGCUUGUGGUUUAUAUUAACAAGCUACCAUGUAAUUUUCCAGGGAACCUACGCCACAGUGUACAAAGGUCAAAGCAAGCUAACUGACAAUCUUGUUGCAUUGAAAGAAAUCCGACUAGAGCAUGAAGAAGGGGCGCCCUGUACAGCUAUCCGUGAAGUCUCAUUACUGAAGGAUUUGAAGCAAGCGAAUAUUGUUACUCUCCACGACAUUGUGCACACAGAUAAAUCGUUGACACUUGUGUUUGAAUACCUGCCUCAGAAUCUCUUAAUUAACGACAAGGGUGAACUAAAACUAGCAGAUUUUGGUCUGGCACGCGCAAAGUCAGUUCCAACUAAAACAUAUUCCAAUGAGGUUGUUACAUUAUGGUAUCGACCACCAGAUGUCUUACUUGGAUCAACUGAGUAUAAUUCAUCUAUAGAUAUGUGGGGAAUUGGUUGUAUUUUCUAUGAGAUGGCAUCAGGUCGUCCUCUCUUCCCAGGAUCCGCCGUUUCCGAUCAACUUCAAUUGAUCUUCCGGACACUGAGCACUCCAACAGAGGAGACAUGGCAGGGAGUCAGUAACCUUCCUGGUUAUAAGGAACACGUGCGAAGGUAUCACCCGGGUGAAUCUUUACGAUCCAUCGCGCCAAGGUUGGAACAAGAAGGUCUUGAUCUUCUCUCAAAACUUCUUGAGUACAACCCAGCUAAAAGAAUAUCAGCCAGCACCGCUCUUCACCACCCCUUCUUCAAACCUCUAGGAGAGAAUGUUCAUAAACUCCCUGAUACCACCUCUAUUUUCACUCUUCCUGGAGUAACGCUGAGUAAGAAUCCCGGAAGUCGCAGCAUCCACCAUGUGAGCAGGAGCGGUCGACGACAGUCGAUGCUGUUUUGAUCCCUAAUGUUAUUCGUAAAAACUUUAUCGGUGAAUUAGUGUUGGCGCAUGCCAUUUGACUCUAGGUCUCUUAAGGUUGAGUUAGAUUUCUAUUUUUCCCUUUUUUUUCUAAAUUAUAUUUGCCGCCGGCCUCCCGGGGUCGCCGCACAAAACCCCUCUUUCUGUACUGUGACGUGUAGGACACGCGCUUCACUUUUUAUUUGUAUUUGUCAAUUGUACUAUCACCCUCAUUCCUGGGCUCCUAGACCCCACUCUGGACCCCUAUAUAGUGAGGAAUUCUCAUUAAACUGCCUUCAUUUUUGCGCGAGAAAAAAGUUACUGCACGUUAUGAGAUCUUUACCCAACACCGUUGCACUGAUAAUAAUCAAAUAGAAAUUUAAUCACAUCGUCACAUUCCAACUUUAAAACAAAUCGAUACAAAUAGGCGCCAAACCUGGGCUGGCAGGGUAGGCAGGCCUAACCUGGGGUUUUCUGCACCUCAGUAAUAGGUUAACAACAUUACAAUAAAAAAUUAGAUUUAAUUCAUAGUAAUACAUGUCCCUGCCUCCCCUGUAUUUUAAAAGUUUGGCGUUUAUGUGUAUAUCACAAAACAAAGGAUAAGGUGUUUAAAUUGGUCAUUUUUAAACAGCAUAAUAAGGUGGCUACAACAUGGUAACAAUUAAUUAUUCUUUAUCCAAUUUUCCAAUCGUUUUCUAAUCAGUUAAAAAAAAUUAAAUCAGUCUUGUAAAUAUUUCUCAUUAAAAAGUGGUGAUACUCUCUUUUCACCCUUGACUUCCAGUUUUCAUCUUAAAAUUUGUGUUUUCUUUACUCAAAAUCACAUAACUACUAACUGAAUUACUUGCACUGAUAAUGGUGCUUAGAAAAUUAGAGAAUAUAGUUCAUUAAAAGUCUGAUAUUGGUCUUAACUCUAUUUUCUAUCCAUGUUAUACCCUAUAAUGUCCAGGUCAUCUCCCUUGGCAUAUUUAGAUUUCGAUUCCCUUAAGUGCUGUAGUAAAUAAAUCUUUUUAGUUGCAAUUUUUCAUUUUUUUUUUCAAACACUGUUUACUAUUGUGGCCACGACGUGUGUUUCUGUAAUGAUUGUUACAUGCAUGGUGCAACGAUAAUGCUUUUAUGGCGUAAUAAUACAACGUAAUCAACAUUGGCGUUGCAAA